AUGGCGUUCCGCGUCGCUAUCCUCGCAAAUUUCGACCCGGAAGAGCCAGGUGGGAGCGAAAUGUUAUCCAGAAUCACCACUCUCCUCCGCUGCUCCCGAACAGGUGCUACUGAGAUCGCUGUCCACGCCGCCAUCCGCGGCGAUGCCUUCCCGGAUCCGACCGAGUACGAUCUAGUGAUUCUGACAGGAGGACCAUUCAAUCUGUUGAAACACACCGAGGAGAGUGAGAGACCGGAGUGGGUGCGACGAACACUUGGCUGGAUCCAAGAGACUGUGAAAUCCCACGAAGCAAGUGGGCUCAGUGAGCCAGGUAGUAAGAAGAAGGCCAAAUUACUGGGUAUCUGCUGGGGUCAUCAAGCCAUUGCCUUGGCUCUUGGAGGGCGGUUGGGACGGGUGCCGCAGGAGAGAGGCGGGCAAUUAAUCGGUGUUGAGACCGUCCCUCUCACUUCUCAAGGCGCUGCUUUCUUCAAAACUGAGUCACUUGACAUUCAAAAGAAUCAUGCGCUUGUUGUAACCCACCCCGGGCCAUAUCUUACACCUAUCGCUUCUUGCUUAUCCUCUUCUCAAAACGAGGUUCUCCUUUCCCACAGCCCUCCUAUUCUCACCUUCCAAGGCCACCCAGAGAUGGACGCCGCUCUUGCAAGACUAUUUGCCGGAUUUGCGACGGGGGGCGCGUCGGACCGUGCAAACUGGAUUCCGUCGGAAGGGCUGAAGGGUAUCGACGACGUACAUGAUGGGGAGGCGAUCUUGAAAAGGGUAGCGGCGUGGGCAGGCGAGUAG